UACGGCAGACUAACGACAUCCUCUCUUUGCCAGCUCAACCCAAUCGCUGGAAACAGCAGCAUCGGCCCAGCUCAUCUCACAUGCGAAGUGACGGGUUUUAGAGCGGUGAGAGCCGGGAAUGACACGGGCGUGGAUGCCAUCUGCAGCUACAGGCGCGACCUCCUCCCGUCCCCGUUUGACAGAGUGAGGGUUUACCGUGAAAUCAGCAACAUGACAAAUGGCAUCACCAUCCUGGGCCCCUACACCCUGGACAAGGACAGCCUCUACGUCAAUGGUUACAACGAAGCGCCGGCUCUGCCAACUCUUUUGCCAUCUAAAACCCCCACUUCGGCCAUUGAGCGUUUCACAGUGAACUUCACCAUUACCAACCUCAAGUAUGCUUCAGACAUGGGAACUCCUCAUUCUACCACAUUCAAUGCUACUGUGAAAGCCAUGGUCUCUUUGCUCAACCCAAUCGCUGGAAACAGCAGUAUCGGCCCAGCUCAUCUCACAUGCGAAGUGACGGGUUUUAGAGCGGUGAGAGCUGGGAAUGACACGGGCGUGGAUGCCAUCUGCAGCUACAGGCGCGACCUCCUCCCAUCCCCGUUUGAGAGAGUGAGGGUAUACCGUGAAAUCAGCAACAUGACAAAUGGCAUCACCAUGCUGGGCCCCUACACCCUGGACAGGAACAGCCUCUAUGUCAGCGGUUAUAAUGAAGCUAGCACUGUGACAACUGUGAUGCCUCCUACAAUUCCAGCUUCAACAUUUGACUCUUUCACAGUGAACUUCACCAUAACUAAUCUGCAGUACUCAUCCCAGUUAGGAAUCCAGCAUUCCAAAACAUUCAAUGCUACAGAAACUGUCUUCACCUCUCUGCUUGACCUAUUGAUGAAAAACAGCAGCAUUGGCCCUGUCUACAUAGCAUGCAAAGUGGUGUCUUAUUGGCCUGUGAACAAUGGAGAUGACACCAGAGUAGAUGCCUUCUGCACCUACAGAAAUGAAUCGACCAUGUCCAGGUUUGACAGAGUGAAGGUUUACCAUGAGCUGAGCAACAAAACUAAUGGAAUCACCAAGUUAGGACCCUACAUCCUGGACAAUAACAGCCUUUAUGUUAACGGUUACAACGCAGCACGUCCUUUGCCAACUGUGAGGCCAGCCACAACUCUCCCUCCUUCGGCUGCACCAGAUAUGGAUUUCACAGUGAACUUCACCAUAACCAAUCUCCCUUACAACUCUAAAACAGUCAAUGCCACAAACAACGUUCUGACCCUUUUGCUUGACCGCCUGCUCAGGAACAGCAGCAUUGGCCCUGCCUACACUGGCUGCAAGGUGAUGGCAUUAAGGCCUCUGAAGAAUCAAGAUGGCACCGGCAUGGAUGCAAUCUGCACCUACCGAAACGAGUCUGCAGCUCCCACGUUUGAUAGAGUGAAGCUUUAUCAUGAGCUCAGCAGCAUGACAAAUGGCACCACCACACUAGGACCCUACAGGCUGGAUAACUCCAGCCUCUACGUUAACGGCUACAAUGAACCAUACCCUGGGCCAAUUGUGACCCCAGCUACACAAAUGCCACCACUAACAACAGAGCACUUUACCCUGAACAUCACUGUAACCAACCUCCGAUUCACUACAGAUCUGGGGAUGCCAGGGUCCCCCAAAUUCACUUCGACGGAGAAAGUCAUGCUUCAUUAUAUCAAUCCUCUACUCAAAAACAGCCGCAUUGGCCCAGACUAUAUUGGCUGGCUUCCCAUUUUCAGUUCUCUGAAGUGUUUAUAUUCAACAUAUUAA